AGAGAGAGAGAGAGGGAGAGGGAGGUGCUUCAAACGUGGGACAGGUUUAAAUACGUUUGUGUCCUCCACUGAAAUCUGUUGAUUUUCAAAGGCAGAAACUUUAUUGAGACACCAUCUAACGCGAACAUGAAGUGGCUACUGCUACUCUGCCUGUGUGUCUAUGCUGUCCGUUGUCAAGACGACUACGACGAAUAUGACACGGGUGAUAAGACUGAUCCCAAAACAGUGGUGGACCCUCGCGGCCACCGACCCUUGUCCAAGGGGCGUGAGGCCUACACCCCCGCCCGCAACAACCCCGCUCCCAUCAGCGGUGGUGGCCGUUACCGGGGGCGACCCACGGAGGCUCCCGCCAGAGGCACAGAGCAGGAGAAGGAGGAGCAACCAGAGGCUGGGGGAUGUACCCAUGCCUCUGAACAGAUGGGGGUGCUGUGUCCUACGGGCUGUGAGCUGAAGACGGCCAUACUGAAACAAGAGAGGAACGUAAAAGAGGAAGUCAGGAGGAUGCAGAAGGACGUGGACGACCUGUCCAGAUCCUCUAACACCAUCUAUAACUACGUAGACGGAAUGUCCUCCGCGCUGAGAGAGAGACAGCUGGUCAGCAACGAGAACGGUGACCUGGUGAGUCGGUACACAGAUGAUUUGGAGACGCAGCAUGUCUUUGCAAAGGAGGCUAUAGACACCGUGUUCCCAUCUAACAUCAGGAUACUCCAAGGAGUCCUGGAGAAGAUCCGCUUGAAGAUUCAGAGGGUGGAGAAGGCCAUCCUGGCCCAGAGAGACGAAUGCAAGGAGCAGUGCACUGUCUCCUGCCCCAUACCUGUUGUCUCUGGUAAGGAGUGUGAGGACAUCUACAGGAAAGGAGGAAGGGAUUCUGGGAUGUAUCUCGUCCAGCCUGACUCCUUCUACCAGCCCUACAAGGUCUACUGUGACCAGACCACUCAGAAUGGAGGCUGGACCACCAUUCAGAACAGGAUGGAUGGUUCUGUAGAUUUCGGCCGGCGAUGGGACAACUACCGCAGCGGAUUCGGGAAUAUCGCCUUCGAUGUCGGGAAGGGACACUGCAACACUCCAGGGGAGUACUGGCUGGGUAACGAGCGCAUCAGUCAGCUGACCAAGCAGGGUCCCACUGAGGUCCUCAUGGAGAUGGAGGAUUGGUCUGGCAACAAGGUCCACGCCCAGUACAAACAGUUUACUAUACAGAGCGAAGCGUCCAAAUAUGUGGUGGUGAUCAACGGUUACUCUGGAACGGCCGGUAACGUGAUGCUGGAGGGAGCAUCAGAGCUGUAUGGAGAGAACCGGACGAUGACCAUCCACAACGGAAUGAUGUUCAGCACCUACGACAGAGACAACGAUAACUGGACUCCAGGUGAUCCGUCUAAGCAGUGCUCCCGUGAGGACGGCGGUGGCUGGUGGUACAACAGGUGUCACUCAGCCAAUCCCAACGGCCGUUACUACUGGGGCGGGGCUUACACCCGACACAUGGCAAAACACGGGACGGAUGACGGCAUGGUGUGGAUGAACUGGAAGGGAUCCUGGUACUCUCUCAAAGCCAUCUGCAUGAAGAUCAGGCCCUACUUCGCCUCGCGGUAGACACACAGGAACUGAGCCGCUCCUACCGACUGAACCGCUCCCUACCGACUGAACCGCUCCCUACCGACUGAACCGCUCCCUACCGACUGAACCGCUCCCUACCGACUGAACCGCUCCCUACCGACUGAGCCGCUCCCUACCGACUGAACCGCUCCCUACCGACUGAACCGCUCCCUACCGACUGAACCUCUCCCUACCGACUGAACCUCUCCCUACCGACUGAACCGCUCCCUACCGACUGAGCCGCUCCCUACCGACUGAACCGCUCCCUACCGACUGAACCGCUCCCUACCGACUGAACCUCUCCCUACCGACUGAACCUCUCCCUACCGACUGAACCGCUCCCUACCGACUGAACCGCUCCCUACCGACUGAGCCGCUCCCUACCGACUGAACCGCUCCCUACCGACUGAACCGCUCCCUACCGACUGAACCGCUCCCUAUCGACUGAACCGCUCCCUACCGACUGAACCGCUCCCUACCGACUGAACCGCUCCCUACCGACUGAGCCGCUCCCUAUCGACUGAACCUCUCCCUACCGACUGAACCGCUCCCUACCGACUGAACCGCUCCCUACCGACUGAACCGCUCCCUACCGACUGAACCGCUCCCUACCGACUGAACCGCUCCCUACCGACUGAGCCGCUCCCUACCGACUGAGCCGCUCCCUACCAACUGAGCCGCUCCCUACCAACUGAACCGCUCCCUACCAACUGAGCGGCACGGGAUCAGCAUGUUUUGUUCUUCUGUGUGUGUGUGUGUGUGUGUGUGUGUGUGUGUGUGUGUGUGUGUGUGUGUGUGUGUGUGUGUGUGUGUGUGUGUGUGUGUGUGUGUGUGUGUGUGUGUGUGUUUGGCUUUGCGACAAGUAUAUGUAGAAGUAUAUAAAGUAUACAAAUAGAUAUUAGCAGAGGACUGUGCCUUACUAUACUCAAUAAAAACACAUUGAGGAACCUA